UAUUCUUUAACGUGAGCUUGGAUAAAAUUUACCAUUAUUUAAGUGGAUAGAAUCGUUGUAAUAAGAUUGCCAUCGAACACGACAGUGAGUAGUUCUUUCAAAAUUUGACGUUGUACAACCCAUAGGUAUUGUAAUUUUGCAUUAUUUUAGUUAACGUUCUUUACUUUCAGGCUAAUUUAAAAUGUACCUGUAGUACAGGAACGGCCAUUUUGUUUCCAUAAGAAUAAGAAUAAUUUCAUAUUUUCAUCACAAAUCUUUUCUAGGCUUUAGUAACGAAAAUCAGUUGUAGUAGCUGAGUAAUUUUGCAAAAAAACAUUUUGAAUUUGUUUUUAAUUUUAGUUUCAUUUGAUAGAAUAAACGCCUCAGGAAUAUUUGGUGCGGGACUAUUUUUUAUGUGAGCUGCGUAAUUUUGCAAGAAAGUUAAAAACAUUUUGAAUUUGAUUUAAUCUUUUAAUGAAAGGUUUCGACGUUUGUCCUUAUGAUUAAUAUUUUGAACAUUUGUGUUUUAUUAAGUAUUUUGUAGUAAACAUAUAAGUUACAAAGCAUUUUUGCUGUAGUUAACCAUUUAGAUCAUAAUAUAUGCAAAUACAUGUUUUAGUUUAGUAUUCACAAAUUGCAUCUAUUUUAGUAUGUUGCCCCAGUUUUAGUAAUAUUUUUUAGGGUUCAUCAUAGCCAAAGUAGUUAGAAAUUGUGUUCUAGCUACACCAUGACCAUGCAUCUAUUUUCAGGGAUGUAAUUUUCAACUUUUUUUGCACAAAAUAUUUGCACAAAAUAGACUGGAUUUGAUCGGAAAUGUUAAAAAAUUACCUUUAUUUAGAUAUUUCAGCUUUUAAAAUAUAUUUCCAGCUUUCUUUCCUUUUCAGCUAUAGACCUAGUCAGGUGUAUUUAAUUGAUUCUUGGGGGUUUUUUUAUUAGUCAUUAGCAUACAUUUUUGUAUUAGGAGUAUAUAUAUGCAAACAGUGCAUAGACCCAAGUUUAGUAAGUACUGUAUUACAACAGGUUAAUUUGUUGAGAAUGUUUUUCAAAUUGAUAUGUAUUCAUUGUACUGUCUUUUUCUUUCAUUUGUUUUACUGUCAAUGAUGAAGUGUUGAGAAUCUGUUCGAGUUUCAUCGUCAAUCAUCUGUUGUAAUUUAUGAUAGUCAGUUAGUAUUUUGUGAUAAUAACAUUUGCAACAAUCGAUUAUGAAAUUUUAUAACUGAUCAUUGGUAGAGCUCAUAAAAUUAAUUUUCGAUUGUAAUCUAUCAUUAAAUUGUCUCUACUUUUUUUUACUGAAUAUUUUAUGUUGAGCAACUAUACCCCGAACAAAAAUGUCAUAUUGGACAAAACGAAGGAAAAUCCGAGCAAAAGUAGAUGAGCAUAUGCAGUCAAUAUAUACCAGUAUUUCUGAUGAAACGUUGACAUCUGCUGAGGAGAGAGACCUCGGAAUUAAGACCAUGUUGGAAGAAAUAAAGAGUGAGCUGGCAUCACAGAGAGUCAUGCUGUCAUCAUUGAUAAGACAAAGUGGGGGAAAUGCUACUGUGGAACUAAGCCUGCCAGAGGACAUCGUGUUCCCCAGUUCGUCUAUCGAAGACCUAAAACAAAUUGAUGAACAGUUGAAAGAUACUGACAUUGAAAAAAGUGUUCUGAAUACUCUGGUGGUCAUUGGUGGGAGCACUGCUCAGGACAUUGUCAGAAGAAUGCUAAAGUAUCUUUUUGACACACCGAUGUCCAGACAAAUCAACUGGAGUGGAAAAUGUCAGAAGUUGGCAUUUUCUACACUGAAUCUAAAGAGUGUUCUGUUUAAGGCUGUUAGAAGAAACCACGAGACGAGACUAGUGUCAAAUUCAGUAAUCGAGAAAAUAACGAAGGAAUGGUUCUGUACAGCAUGCGACAGAGAUGGCGGACGCCGAAGAAGAAACAGAGAUGACUACAUGAUAGCUAGCCCUGUGUAUCUCACAAUGGAUUUACAGACAGUCUCUAUCGAGUAUGGAUUUACAGACAGUCUCUAUCGAGUCUGGAUUUACAGACAGUCUCUAUCGAGUGUGGAUUUACAGACAGUCUCUAUCGAGUAUGGAUUUACAGACAGUCUCUAUCGAGUAUGGAUUUACAGACAGUCUCUAUCGAGUAUGGAUUUACAGACCGUCUCUAUCGAGUGUACAUUUACAGACAGUCUCUAUCGAGUGUGGAUUUACAGACCGUCUCUAUCGAGUGUGGAUUUACAGACCGUCUCUAUCGAGUGUGGAUUUACAGACCGUCUCUAUCGAGUGUGGAUUUACAGACAGUCUCUAUCGAGUAUGGAUUUACAGACAGUCUCUAUCGAGUAUGGAUUUAGUCUCUAUCGAGUAUGGAUUUACAGACAGUCUCUAUCGAGUAUGGAUUUACAGACUCUAUCGAGUGUGGAUUUACAGACAGUCUCUAUCGAGUGUGGAUUUACAGACAGUCUCUAUCGAGUAUAGAUUUACAGACAGUCUCUAUCGAGUGUGGAUUUACAGACAGUCUCUAUCGAGUAUGGAUUUUCGCAGGAUAAACGAAAAAUCGGUUUCUUUAAAAAUUAACAGUGAUGAAAUUGAUACCCCAAUCCUAGCUUGGACUGUGCAAGUGAAAUGUGGUAACAUUUUGUUGUCUCCCUCUUGUUUUGGUUAAAACAUUUUAAGACAAUCUUUGUUAUUCAUAAAAAAAAACCCUAAUAAUAUAGAUAUUAUUACUUGCAUGUGAAUCCUACUGAUUUUACGAAACUAUAGCUGGAUUCAUGUAUUGCCCUCGCUCUUAUUACCCUCAUGCUAUUGGUUAAAGGAAACCGAUAUUGACCCAUGGAUGGUAGCUAAACCAAUGUUAAUUUCAUCUUGUGAAAAUGCACAAUCGAUAGCGCUGUAUUAGUUCCAUAGUGUAUACGGUAUUACAUUUUGGGUUUACAAACUGCUUGUAUUGGUAGUAGUGCUAUCUGUCCUGUCUCUGUCCGCCUGUCCCACAUAGUUUGUUUGGGGGUUUACUUCUUCUUCUUUUUUCACAAUGCCUCAAGAUACUUAGCUGAAAUUGUGUGCAUAGCUUUAUCCUUAACUCUUACAGAUCAAGUUUGAUUUUUUGUUUUUGAACUUGGGAGAAAAGACAAAUUAAUUUACAGACUGGUUGAGGUUUUUUUAUAUGCCCGUCUAUGAUGGGUCAUGUUGUGGUAUGGCAUUGCACAUCUGUUCCGUCUCUUACCGUUUUCUAGUCCUGACCAUAUCUUGAAUACAAGACCAUCUAACCUUACAUGUAGGAGCAACUUGGGAUGGUGAUGUGUUGCUUACUAUUACUAGGUCACUGUGACCUACGUUUUACGGUCUGCUGCAUAUAACAGUAAACCCUUGUCCGGAACUUAUUUUUCAUACAGAUGCAUACAGGACCAUAAAAUCUCACAUGUAGGAACAACUUGGGAUGGUAGUGUGUCGUGUACUAGGCCACUGUGACCUAUUUUUCAUGAUACUGCACAACAAUAAAUCCUUGACCAUCUAAUUUCUUGGUGGUUGUAUAUUGUCAACAUUACAUAAACUGUUUCUCUGCCAGUAUAAAUGUGUCACCAGAGUACCCAUGCUAAACAAAAUUUCCCUUUCUAAUAAAGAGCAAUAACUUCAUUAAUCAGACAGCACCUUCUCCAAUGGUUACAGUAUCAUCAGUAGUUGGUCCAAAAAAAACCUGUUCAUCUAUUCCAUUGCAAACAUUUCACAUAAUUGGAAUUAAUCAUACCCUGACAUAAUCAACAUGUUCAUUACUAUCUAUGGUUUUCCAUCACACUCCUGACGGGCGUAUCAUACACUGUUUUCACAAUGCUUCCAGAUAUUCAGCAGAUCAUGUUCGACAUUCAUGACAAUUUUCCCGUUUUUGACAGUUCUGGCCCUUGAAUUUAGGAGACCAGAUUUUUUUUCUCAAUUCUUUAAGAUAUUGAAUGGAAAUUUUAUGCAAAUUUUUAUCAUGCACUGUUAUAGAUCAAGUUUGACUUUAUGGCAAUCUACCAAUUUUUCACAGACUUAUGCACCAUGAACUUAGAAGAUAUGAAAUGUCUUCUUUUUAUUUUUAUUUUUGGUCCUGUCCUUUUGUUUAAUAACUCGAGUAACCAAUGUUUACACAUUCACAGUAUGAAAACUAAUCAUCAUAUUCCUUUUUCUUUUUCAUAAUAUACAUUAAUUAUUUAACUAAUAAAAUGUAAUAAUUAAAUUUCUGUUACAUUCAUUACAACGUAACGUCAUCUCAUUGGUCCAGACGUAGCAACGGGAGUUUGUUAAUUUUUCGAUGAACGUAAAAAUUACGUUGUCAAGGAACGUCAUUUACGAUGACGUCGUUUUAAAUGGGCAAGUCGUCUUAUUGAGCGUUAUUGUUUAUGAAUACAAAAUAAUUCAAAAUAAAGUAUGAGUGUUAUUAUUAGUCUGUAUGAUUCAAAU